AGGAAAGGCUCCCCCUCCCAAAUCCUUUCCUGCCCGGCUCCUCACGUGGAGAGAAGCGGCUUCUGUGUUACCCAGGCGGCUGCAUCGGUCGCCGUUUCUGGGAUCUGGUUGGACUUGGUGGCACCUCCUGUCAGGGCAGCCUUUGGAAGAAGUGGCUCUUGUGCCCGGUUGAAGGCUUCCCUGGAGCACAGAUCAAAGAUGGAAGAGGAAGACUCACCUGACCCUGAAGCAAGAGGAGGCCCCCAUAUCAUCCAGGCUGGCCCAGUGUCCUUUGAGGAGGUGGAUGUGUAUUUCACAGAAGAGGAGUGGGCUCUGCUGGAUCCUGACCAGAGAGCUCUGCAUGGGGAAGUUAUGUGGGAGAUUUGCAAGAUCAUCACCUCUCUUGGAGACAGAACGAUGCUGGCAAGACCUAUUCAGCCAUCUCUUCUUUUUUUGGGAUUGGAAGCAGCUGGUGCGGCACCACAUCAGGGUCACUUGUCCUUUGAGGAUGUGGCUGUGUAUUUCACGGAAGAGGAGUGGGCUAUGCUGGCUCCUGACCAGAGAGCUCUGCAUAGGGAAGUCAUGGAGGAGAAUUACCAUCUUGUCGCCUAUCUCAGAAAUGACAAAUGGGAACCCAAGAAUAAAGGAGAACUGGAAAGAGACACACCUAAAAACAGGGAACCACAGAGCAGGAAAACAGAAGCAGAUCAGAAUGGGUGGAAUAAAUCCUCUGCUUCUCAGGAAAGUAGCUACCAUGGAAUUGCAAUUUUAGAAAAAGCAGAAAAAAUACAGGAAAAGAGUAUAUACUGUGUGUAUCAGAAAAGUUUCAAUUGUAAAUCAGAAUGUGAAGCUCACUGGAACUUCCACACAGGGGAGAAACCAUAUGAGUGCAGGGCAUGUGGAAAGAGCUUCAGACUGAAGAUAUAUCUCACUUCUCAUCAAAGAAUUCAUACCGGGGACAAACCAUAUGAAUGCUUGGAAUGUGGAAAGGGCUUCCGUCAGAAGAUACACCUCACUUUCCAUCAAAGAAUUCAUACAGGGGAGAAACCAUACCAAUGCUUGGAGUGUGGGAAGAGCUUCAUUAGAAGUUCAAACCUUACUUCACAUCAAAUAAUUCACACAGGUGAGAAACCAUAUAAAUGCCAGCAAUGUGAAAAGAGUUUCAUUAGAUGUUCAAACCUUACUUUGCAUCAAAGGAUUCAUACAGGGGAGAAACCAUAUCAGUGUAUGGACUGCGGAAAGAGCUUUAGUCAGUGUAGUGCCCUUACUACUCAUCAACGAAUUCACACAGGUGAAAAACCAUAUAAAUGCUUACAAUGUGCAAAGAGUUUCACGCAUAAGAUGACUCUCACUUUGCAUCAGACAACUCACACAAAGGAGAAACCAUAUCAGUGCAUGGAAUGUGGAAAUACCUUCAGUCAUCGUUAUACCCUUACAUCUCAUCAAAGAAUUCACAGAGUAGAGAAACCAUAUAAAUGCUUGGAAUGUGGAAAGGGCUUCAUGCAGAAGAUAAGUUUCACUGACCAUCAGAAAUCUCAUACAGGAGAGAAACCAUAUACAUGCUUGGAGUGUGGAAAGAGCUUCAUUAGAAGAUCAGGCCUUUCUUCUCAUGAAAGAAUUCACACAGGGGAGAAACCGUAUCAGUGCAUGGAAUGUGGAAAGAGCUUCAGUCAUCGUUGUAGCCUUACUUCUCACCAAAGAAUUCACACAGGGGAGAAACCAUAUAAAUGCAUGGAAUGUGGAAAGAGCUUCAGUCAGCGUAGGGCCCUUACAACUCAUCAGAGAAUUCACACAGGGGAGAAACCAUAUAAAUGCUUGGAAUGUGGAAAGAGCUUCAGUCAGCGUAGGGUCCUUACUACUCAUCAGAAAAUUCACACAGGGGAGAAACCAUAUAAAUGCAUGAAAUGUGGAAAGAGCUUCAGUCAUCGUUAUACCCUUACUUCCCAUCAAAGAAUUCACAGAGUAGAGAAACCAUAUAAAUGCUUGGAAUGUGGAAAGGACUUCACACAGAAGAUAGGUCUUGCUGAUCAUCAAACAUCUCAUACAGGGCAGAAACCAUAUACAUGUUUAGAGUGUGGAAAGAACUUCAUUAGUAGAUCAGGCCUUUCUUGUCAUCAAAGAAUUCACACAGGGGAGAAACCAUAUACAUGCUUGGAGUGUGGAAAGAGCUUCAUUAGAAGAUCACGCCUUACUUCUCAUCAAAGAAUUCACAUAGAGCAGAAAUCAUAUAAAUGCUUGGAAUGUGGAGACAGCUUCACUAAAAGAUCAAGCCUUAUUAUCCAUCAAAGAAUUCACACAGGGGAGAAACUAUAUAAAUGCUUGGAGUAGGGAAAGAGCUUCAGCAGAAGAGCAAGCCUUACUUUGCAUCAAAGUACUCACACAGGAGACAACGACUUGGUAGCCCUUCCAGUCAGGGUACCCUUUGGCAGAAGAGGCUGUUGGGCCCUGUCGGAGGCUUCCUUGGAGUACAGAGCACAGAUGGAAGGAUCAGCUAUCCCUGAAGCAGGAAGAGGCCCCCGUAGCAUCCAGCCUGGGAGUAGUGGGGAAUUCUGGGAAAGAACAGAGGAAAAGAUCCUGGGUAAGGAGGACACCCACAGCUCAGAUGUGCAGCAGCGCUUCAGGCAAUUCCUAUACCAGGAGGGUGAGUGGCCCCGAGAUGUUUGCAGCCAACUCCACCAUCUUCGCCGUGAGUGGCUGAAGCCAGAGCAACACACGAGAACUCAGAUCCUGGACCUGGAGCUCCUGACUGUCCUCCCACCAGAGAUGGAGAGCUGGCUCAGGGAAUGUGGAAUGCAGAGUGGAGGCCAGUUCCUCCUGAGUCAGGCAGAGGAUAAGAACCAGGCAGAGCAGCAGGUACAGGAUCUGUUCACAGGAGCGAGUUCCAAUUUGCGCGAGGCAGAGAAGGUUCCGUCAGACAGUGGAAAGAGUCCGUUGCAGAAGGGGAAGGUGCAAGGUGACGAAAUGAUGCUGGCAAGACCUACUCAGCCGUUUCUUCUUUAUUUUGGAGCGGAAGCAGCUGAUGUGGCACCAGAUCAGGGCCCGGUGUCCUUUGAGGAUGUGGCUGUGUAUUUCACCCAGGAGGAGUGGGCCCUGCUGGAUCCUGACCAGAGAGCUCUGCAUAGGGAAGUCAUGGCAGAAAAUUAUCAUCUCGUCACGUAUUUCAGAGAGGGAAUGAUGCCGGCAAGAUCUACUCAGCCGUCCCUUCUUCAUUUUGCAGGGGAGGCAGCUGCUCUGGCACCGGAUCAGGGUCCCGUGUCCUUUGAGGAUGUGGCUGUGUAUUUCAGCCAGGAGGAGUGGGCCCUGCUGGAUCCUGGCCAGAAGGCUCUGCAUACUGAAGUCAUGAAAGAGAAUUAUCAUCUCAUCACCUCUCUCAGAGGUAACAAUUGGGAAACCAAGAAUAAGGGAGAACUAUGCUGGGUGUCACUAGAAAGAGACGCACCUAAAAAUAGGGAACCAUCAAGAAGGAAAGCUGAAGCAAAUUGGAAUGGGUGGGAUAAAUCCUCUCCUUCUCAGGGCAGUAGCUACCAUGGAAUUGCAAUGAUAGAAAAAACAGAAAAACUACAGGAAAAGAGUACAUACCGUGUAUAUCAAAAAAGUUUCAACUGUAAAUCAGAAUGUGAAGCACAUUGGAAAAUCCACACAGGAGAGAAACGAUAUCAGUGCAGGGAAUGUGGAAAGAGCUUCAGACUGAAGAUAUAUCUUACUUCUCAUCAAAGAAUUCAUACAGGGGAGAAACCAUAUAAAUGCUUAGAAUGUGGAAAGGGCUUCCGUCAAAAGAUACAUCUCACUUUCCAUCAAAGAAUUCAUACAGGGGAGAAACCAUACCAAUGCAUGGAAUGUGGAAAGAGCUUCAUUAGAAGUUCAAACCUUACUUUGCAUCAAAGAAUUCACACAGGGGAGAAACCAUAUCAGUGCAUUGAAUGUAGAAAGAGAUUUAGUCAGCGUAGUGCCCUUACUUCUCAUCAAAGAAUUCACACAGGAGAGAAACCGUAUAAAUGCAUGGAAUGUGCAAAGAGUUUCACACAUAAGAUGACUCUAACUUUUCAUCGGACAACUCACACUGGGGAGAAACCUUAUCAGUGCGUGGAAUGUGGAAAGAGCUUCAGUCAUCGUUGUACCCUUACUUCUCAUAAAAGAAUUCACAGAGUAGAGAAACCAUAUAAAUGCUUGGAAUGUGGAAAAGGCUUCACACAGAAAAUAGGUCUCACUGAUCAUCAAACAUUUCAUACAGGGCAGAAACCAUAUAAAUGCUUGGAGUGUGGAAAGAGCUUCAUUAGAAGUUCGGGCCUUUCUUCUCAUCAAAGAAUUCACACAGGGGAGAAACCAUAUAAAUGUUUGGAAUGUGGAAGGAGCUUUAGCCAUCGUUGUAGCCUUACUUCUCAUCAAAAAAUUCACACAGGGGAGAAACCAUAUCAGUGCAUUGAAUGUGAAAAGAGCUUCAGUCACAAGAGAAGUCUCACUUAUCAUCAAAGAAUUCACACGGGAGAAAAACCCUACAAAUGCUUGGAAUGUGGAAAGGGCUUCACACAGAAGAUAGGUCUCGCUGCUCAUCAAACAACUCAUACAGGAGAGAAACCAUAUAAAUGUGUGGAGUGUGGAAACAGCUUCACUAGAAGAUCAAGCCUUAAUAUGCAUCAAAGAAUUCACACAGGGGAGAAACCAUAUACAUGCUUGGAGUGUGGAAAGAGCUUUAGUAGAAGGGCAAGCCUUACAUUGCAUCAAAGAACUCAUACAAGGGUCAAAGUAUUUAAUUGCUUGGAAUGUGGAAACAGGUACAAUAAUAAGAUAAACCUCACUUAUCACCAAAGACUUCACAAAAGUGCUUUGAAUACGCAACAAGAUUCUAGGUUUCCUUUGUGUCCAACAAAGAUGGAAGAGAAAAACUCAGCUGACCCUGAAGCAGGAAAGGGCCCCUGUGCAAUCCAGACAAGGAGCAGUGGGGAAUUCUGGGAAAGAACAGCGGAGAAGAUCCUGCAUGAGGAGGAGACCCUCAUCUCAGAUGUGCAGCGCCAGCAGUUCAGGCAGUUGUGUUACCAGGAGGCUGAGGGACCCCGAGAGGCUUGCAGCCGACUCCACCAUCUUUGCCGUGAGUGGCUGAAGCCAGAGCGACACACAAAGAACCAGAUCCUGGACCUGGUGAUCCUGGACCAGUUGCUUGCUGUCCUUCCCCCGGAGAUGGCGAGCUGGGUGAGGGAAUGUGGAGCAGAGAGCAGUUCCCAGGCGGUGGCCCUGGCCGAAGGUUUCCUCCUGAGCCAGGAAGAGUACAGGAAGCAGGAAGAGCAGCAGGGUCUGUUUGCAGAAGUGGCCACUGAUUUCUGUGGGGCAGAGAAGUUUCCAUCGGAUGCCAGGGAGAGUCCCCUGCAGAGUUGGAAUAUGCCGGAGGGCGAUGGAGGUACCACCUUGCUAAGUGAUGGAAAGAUGCUGGCAAGACCUACUCAGCCGUCUCUUCUGUGUGGUGGAGGGGAAGCAGCUGCUGUGGCACCAGAUCAGGGUCUGGUGUCUGUUGAGGAUGUGGCUGUGUAUUUCACCGAGGAGGAGUGGAUUUUGCUGGAUCCCAACCAGAGAGCUCUGUACAGGGAAGUCGUGGAUGAGAUCGUUGCCUCCCUUGGUCAUGAACUGGAAACCAAGAGUAAGGGAGAACUACAUGGGGUGUUCCCAGAAAGAGACACAUGUAUAAAUGGGGAGCGUCAGAGAAGGAAAUUUGAAGAAGAAGAGAAGAGAAGGCAUGAAUCUCCUACUUCUCUGGGCAGUGCUUCCCAUGAAAUCCCAGUUCAGGAAAACCUGGAAAAAGGAAAAGAAACAAAUACAUGCUCUGUGUGUCAGAGAGGUUUCCAUUCCAAAUCAAAAUGCAAAGCUCAUUACAAAAUCCACAAAGGGGAGAAACCAUAUAAAUGUUUGGAAUGUAGAAAGCGGUUCUGUCACAAGGCGGCUCUCAUCAGUCAUCAAAGAAUUCACACAGGAAAGAAACCAUGUGAAUGCUUUGAGUGUGGAAAGAGAUUCCGUCAGAGUUCUCAUCUGAUUGCCCACCAAAGGAUCCAUACAGGGGAAAAACCAUAUAAAUGCAUUGAAUGUGGAAAGAGCUUCAGUAGAAGAGCAAACCUUUAUUUGCAUAAAAAAACUCACACAGAUGAAAAACCACAUCAAUGCUUGGAAUGUGGAAAGAGCUUUAGAAAGAAGAGUACUCUCUCUUCCCAUCAAAGGAUUCACACAGGGGAGAAACCAUAUAAAUGCAUGGAAUGUGGAAAGAGCUUCGGUGAGAAGAGAAAUCUCACUUUCCACCAAAGGCUUCACACAGGGGAGAAACCACAUAAAUGCUUGGAGUGUGGAAAGAGCUUCACACAUAGCAGAAGUCUCACUGUUCAUCAGAGAAUCCAUACAGGUGAAAACCCAUAUAAAUGCUUGGAAUGUGGAAAGAGCUUUCGUUGCAAUUCUGACCUUCUUGCCCAUCAAAGAAUCCAUACAGGGGAGAAACCAUAUAAAUGUCUGGAGUGUGGAAAGAGCUUCUCACACAGGACAAAUCUCAUCAGACAUCAAGGAAGUCACACAAAGGAGAAACCGUAUAAAUGCUUGGAGUGUGGAAAGAGCUUCUCACAGAAAACAAAUCUCACCAGACACCAAGGAACUCACACAGGAGAGAAACCAUAUCGGUGCUUGGAAUGUGGGAAAUGCUUCUCUCAGAAGAAAAAUCUCACUAGACAUCAAGGAAGUCACACAGGGGAGAAACCAUAUCAAUGCUUGGAAUGUGGAAAGAGCUUUUGUGACAAUAGAGACCUUAUUACCCAUCAAAGAAUCCAUACAGGGGAGAAGCCAUAUAAAUGUGUGGAAUGUGGAAAGAGCUUCAGUUGCAAGAGAAGAUUAAUUUCUCAUCAACGAAUUCACAUGCUGGAAAACCCAUAAAAUGCUUGGAAUAUGAAAAAAUACUUCUAACUUCUGAUCGAAGAAUUCACACGGAGAAACACUAGAAGCAGGUGGAGGUCUGCAGAGUGGGCCUCUUGCUAGUUCUAUCGCUUUGUUGUAUCUGAAUCAGGAGAGGUGGCUGAAGUGUUACGAGCGGUGCUUGGAGGUGGUGAUGGGCUGUAUGUGGGCCAAUAAAUUGAAGCUGAAUCCCAGGGGGAAAAGGGAUGUUAUGUGUCACAAGUUCGGGGAAGUGGAGAGACAUCCCCACAGCUUUGGGCUUCUGGAUUCAAUCUUGUCGCUGGAGGCUCAGGUUGCCUCAGGUAAAAGCAAUGGCUUUCUCCAGCUACAGCUGGUUCACCAGCUAUGAUCCCUUUUGUACAGAGAUGACUUGGCUACUGUACUCUAGGUUCUGGCAACUUCCAUUAUUACAAUGUGCUCUGCAUGGGGCUGCCUUUGAAGAUGACUCAGAAACUUCAACUGGUCCAAAAUGCAGUGGCCAAAUUAUUGGCUGGAUUCCCAUUUAGAUUUCACAUAACCCCUGUUUUAAAAAAAGUCUUCAUUGGUUGCCAAUUGGUGCUUACUCUUGUGUUUGAAUCUGUAAAUGACUUAGGCCCCAAAUAUCUGAGAAAAUGCCUCCUUCCCUAUAGCUCCUCUCGGGUGUUGAGAUUGACAGAGGGGGCCUUUUUGGUCAUUCCAAUGUCCUAAGUUCAGGGGCAGGGGUUGGCCAUUCUCUAUGGCAGCCUCUAAGUUGUGGACUUCAACCCACAGAGAUGCGUCUCACACCAUCAUCAUCAUCAUCAUCAUUAUUCUUCUUGUUAUUAUUAUUAAUUAAUUACACUUGUAUACCGCCCCAUAGCCAAAGCUCUCUGGGUGGUUUACAACAUAAAAAUCAAUAUACAUUUACAUGUAGUACAACUGCUAGUAAAAAAAAGAAAAACAAUAAUUCACAUUUUAAAUAAACAUAACUGAACAAUAAACCUCUAAACAAUAUACAUAACAUUAUACAGCUUUCAUCAUAAGCUGAAGUCACACCUCUUCAUCGUGACCUUUGACACUUGAGACAUAUAUUUCUAGGACUGUCUCUAGUUGUGAAUGUAAUUUAUUUUAAACUGUUUUAAAUAUUAUAUAUUAAAUGGUGGUGACCUGCCUCGAACCUGCUGGUGAAGGGCAGGUAAAAAGUAUUGAAGCAGGAGGAGGAGGAAUAGGGAAUGAGAUUCUUUUACAGGGUCAUUCAUGGGCAAUCACUCGUGACCGAAUAAGAUUGUCUUCCAAAAUAAAGUCUUAACGGUGGGUCCAUAAGUGACUGUGGAGGCCGAUUCUGGAUCCACACAGCCUCCCACAGUGAGGACAUAGGUUUCCAGAUGGAAGAUGGUCACGAUGAGGAUUUGCUUGAUGUGCCUUCCACUUAGCUCGUUUGUCCCUUUCACUCUGUAUUCGUGCUUCUUCAAAGUCCACCAUCACUACAAGGUGAUGAUCCAGCAAGGGGUUUCACGGUGUAACCCCAUUUCACAUUGGAGAAUCCACUUUUGAGAUCUGCUGUAUCAAUCAGCCUUCCUCAGCCUAGCGCUCUCCAGAUAUUUCAGGCUACAAUUCUUAUUAAUUCCUUGACAGGUCUGAUGGAGGUUGUAGUCCAAACCCUCUGGAGGGCAAACUGAGAACCCUGUUUCAAAAGCACACAAAUUCAUAUUGAUCCAUUUUUUAGAAGUUACUAAAUCCAACUUUUCCAUCCUUGCCAUUUAGUGAUGGCAUGACCCUGCAAAAAAAUUCAUGAGUGGUCAUAUGCUGUCCAGGCAGUUUCUCUAAAUUCAGAAUAUGCUCUCAGACACAUACCCCGUAGGCUGCCAUAGAUACUCUCAGACUGUAAAAGAAAUAGAAAUACUAAGAUCCUCUAAUUUACUAAACAUGUUUUAAUGGGUUCCAAUUCUCCUCUCAGUCUUAGCAGAAACUUCUUUACUUUCCAUCCAUUCCAUCAGGCUGCUUCCCCCACUGUCAUCUAACUGUAGCCAUUCCAUCAGGCUGUAGGAGACUGCAAGGCCUCUCCAUCCACUCUGCUGAAAGAUGAGCAAUGCUUGCAUCUUCUUCUCCUUGACCUUUUUGUGUUCAUCUGGUCCUCACAAGAACUCCGUAACUAAGAAAUAGUUCCUGGGUUGGUUUUUCCCCCUCCUCCCUCCCAAUACUUGACUCCCAGCUGUCCAUGGAGGCUCAAGUCACGGCUGUGAGCCGGGCGGCGCUGUAUCAACUCCAUCUGAUACGGAGGCUGCGCCCCUACCUUCCCAACCAUCUGCUCCCACCGGUAGUACAUGCCCUGGUCACCUCUCGCCUAGACUACUGUAAUGCGCUCUACGUGGGGUUACCCUUGAAAACGGUCCGGAAGCUGCAACUGGUACAGAAUGCGGCGGCUCGUCUGAUUAAAGGCAGCCGCUGGCAAGAUCACAUCACUCCAGUGCUGAAGGAGUUGCACUGGCUACCGGUUGUUUACCGGGCCCAAUUCAAGGUGUUGGUUUUGACCUUUAAAACCCUAUACGGUUUUAGCCCAGUCUAUCUGAAGGAGCGCCUCCAGCAUCGUCAGGGAUGCCGCUCAACAAGAUCAGCCUCAGAAGACCUUCUCUCGAUCCCACCGGUUAAAACAGCUAGACAGGUGAGGACUAGAGAGAGGGCUUUUUCAAUAGUGGCCCCCACCCUGUGGAACUCUCUCCCAAAUGAUCUCCGCCAUGCCCCUUCUAUGAUGAGCUUCCGCCGGGCCUUGAAAACCUGGCUCUUCAGGCAGGCUUUUGGGGUGGGUUAGGUUUUUACUGUUAUGGUUUUAAAUUUAACGUUUUAAUGUAUUGUUUUUUAUCUUGUACA